GCCUCUGUUGCAAAUGGCUGCUAAUGCGAGCUGUGCUGCUACUCCUUACUCCACCAACAACGCUCCUUCUUCUCUCUCACGCACCUCAUCUCUACAGUUCUCAUACAAGUGUACUAAACGACACCAAAAUGUUCGAAUCGGUCUCUCCUUCGCAACAUCCAAAACCUCUUCUCCUUCUCCUCUACGUGUUUUCUGCCUCCGUGAAACUAAAGCUGCAGCUGUGACUGCUAAGUCAUGGGAGAAAUUGAUAUUGAGCAGUGAUACUCCUGUUCUUGUUGAGUUUCAUGCCACUUGGUGUGGCCCCUGCCAGAUGGUUCACCGGAUAAUUGAUGAGAUUGCAGCUGAGUAUUCAGGGAGAUUGAAAUGCUACGUACUCGAUGCAGAUAGUGAAUCACAAGUUGCUGAGAACUAUGAUAUCAAGGCUGUUCCUGUGGUGUUACUGUUCAAGAAUGGGGAGAAAAUCGAGUCUGUCAUCGGAACAAUGCCCAAGGAGUUCUAUGUUGCUGCCAUUGAAAGGCUUCUAGCUUCUUAGAUGUGGUUCCCUCCAUUAAUGAGAAUGUCACAGUAGCAUAUCGAGUUCAAUGCGCACAUUUGAUAACUCUCUACUUCCAUUUAAAAAUUCUCUUCCUCUCUAGUGCCUUGUAAUCAUCAUUAGUGUUGUCUUUCUGUAUUUUUCUUUUUCUACGAAUCAUCAGCUCUCUUUUCCUUUUCACUGUAGAAGAAUCAUUGGCUCUCCUUAAAAGCACUUCCUGCUUCUUUCUUCACCAUGUAGUUUGUACAGGGUCAGUGAAUUUGUGAAUAGUGACUGCAGUUGUUACUAAAGAUGACCUGUUUCCUUA